UCAUUCACAUCAAUCAUCAAUGUGAAAACUCGAAUUAGCACAUAAGCAUCGAGAUGGAAUUUUAAUUAUUUACUUAUUUGUUUUGUGUAAUCCCUUCGAACCCUGUUGGGAAAGUUUAUGAAAAUUCAGUUUGAUCUGUAUAACUAUUUAUAUAAUUAUAAGAUUUACAUCACCAUUAUGCGGUUAUAGCACCUGACUUACCAAUAUAAGAAAUUCGUUACACAAUAGAAGUAGACAUAGACUACUGUGUAAACGCGAUAAAUUGAUACACCGUUACAUAAUAAAAUUCACGCAAAAACAAGAAAUCGACCGAUCAACUGACUUAUCUAAAAAAAAAAAAAUUGUAAAUAUUUAUGCGACAAAUUUUAAGGUGAUAGAUUUUGUUAGAUUUGUUCAGAAAAAAAGUGAUAUGUAAUACAUCCGCACCUCCGUAAGGUUACGUUAUUUUCAAAUCCAAAUAUUCAAAUACUUAUUACAUCAUUGCCACAAGCAUUUUUAUCCGACUGUUUGCAGUUUUUGGAACAUUUAUUUCUACCGGGUUUCAGAAUUUCAUGUGAUAAAUUCAAGACAGUACUCCAGUACCAAAAUUUCGGUGAUCACAAUGAAGUAUAACUAUUGAACUGAAAUUUUGAAAUUAUUAUGUAAUAGGGAUUAUUUGACGACGCCAUGUUGGUCGAAACAAGUAAAUCACAUUCUUUCACAGCCAUGGCACUUUGCACCCUCUUCGUAAUAAUUAUGACAGUUUGUCUAACGGAUGGAGCAAGAAUCCUAGGGAUAUUCCCAUACCAGGGAAAAAGUCACAAUGUAAUGUUCGAGCCCCUGAUGAUCGGACUGGCGAAAGCCGGCCACACAGUCGACCUUGUCAGUCAUUUCCCGUUGAAAAAGCCGGUGCCAGGAUUGAACCACAUAAGCUUGAAAGGAUCACUGCACUCCUACGUAAACAACGUCACAGCAUCUUUAGCUCGGGGGUACAACGGAAUCUACGGAAUGGUACAUUCCGUUUCAGUAAAGUCAGCUCUGGACCUCUGCAAUCUCAUGCGACUUCCUCAGCUGCAGAAUAUCAUAAACACAGACACGAAGUAUAACAUCAUGGUGACUCAGGUCUUCGGGAGCAACUGCUACCUUGCCGUAGCUCACAAGUUGAAGAUUCCAGUUGUGGGGGUCGUAACCAGCGUUAUAUAUCCAUGGAGUUACGGUCCUUUCUUCGGUGACGCUAAUCCGAGUUUCAUCCCGUCUCAGUUGGGGACAUUCACGAACGAGAUGAGCUUCGUCGAACGCGUGCAAAACACAAUAGAACAUUAUUACGCAAAGUUUCUAUUCCAUUACUACGACAGAACAGUGUCCGAUCCAUUGGCAAAAAAGUAUUUUGAUGAUUUGCCACCGUUAAAUGACUUGUACAAUAACAUGAGCUUGCUGUUGGUCAACAGUCAUCUCAGCAUUCACGGUGUUCGCCCAGGAAAUCCUGCCAUCGUUGAAGUGGGAGGUCUUCACAUCGACACGACUCAAGUACUUUCAGAGGAAUUGGAAAAGUAUUUAAAUUCAUCAAAGGAUGGUGUUGUCUACUUCUGCAUGGGAACGAUGGUCAGGUCUGACACUUUUGCACAGGAAAAGAUACUAGCUAUCUACGAGAGUUUUUCAGCACUUUCUAAUUACAAUAUCCUCUGGAAGAGUAAUGCCGAAGAUUUGCCAAAGCCAUUUCCAUCAAACCUUAAAGUCAUUCCAUGGGCACCGCAGUACGCAGUUCUCAAUCAUCCAAAGGUCAAGGCGUUCGUGACCCAUGGAGGUUUGAUGGGAACCCUGGAAGCGGUACACGCCGGAGUUCCCAUGAUUGGCAUUCCGUUUUUUGGAGACCAGGCAUUUAACGUGUUAGGAUACGUACACAGAGGAUUCGCCGUUCACAUCGACUACGACGACAUCAACCAGCUGACAUUUUCCAAAGCUCUGAAUGAGGUACUGACAAAUCCAAUGUACCAAUCGAAUGCUGCACGUUACUCAAGACUUUUCAAGGAUCGUCCUUUGUCGCCGUUGGAUGAGGCAGUCUUUUGGAUCGAAUACAUCAUUCGAAAUGGAGGCGAGCCCCUGAGGUCUUCGGCUCUUCAUCUAUAUUGGUUCCAGUAUUACUUGAUAGACGUUAUUCUGUUCUUACUAGCUGUACCAACGCUGUUUCUCCUGAGUUUAUUCCACGUUUUGAAAAGAGUUCUGCGUACUAACAAGGGUACCAAAACUCGCACCAUUCAAAAAAAGAAAAAAACUUCUUAAUACUGGAUAAUUGUAAUUUAUGCUUAUUAUUUAUCUGUCAAGAUCUUUGUACUGAUCAUUUCUAUAAAAUGCUUGUUAAAAAUAAUAAUUGCAAACUGUGCACAAGUGUCUGAUUUCGGAA